AUGUCGAUGCCCACAGAGCAAAUACAAAGUGAUGUGGAGUUUCAUUCACUGUACACUGUAUUUAUUUACUCGACUGAAUCUAUAAUCAGAAAAAUUAUAAAUUACAGAUUCGGAUUAUUAUUCUUCCUCCUAAAUGUUAUAUAUGCCCUGUCAGUUUAUGAGAGAAAUGAACCCAAAUCAGGAAGACAACGGAGGAUUGUUGGAGGUAAAAUUGCUAAUGAUGGAGAAUUUCCAUAUAUGGUAGCAUUGUUCAGGAAAUCACGUAACAUUGACGAAUUUCGUGCGGGUUCUACAUUAAUAUCAACACAAACAGUACUUACGGCAGCACACUGUAUAUCCGGUGUUGGUAUUGGAGAUUUAUAUGGAAGAGUCGGUAACGUUAGUAAAAACCUGGGACGUAAAAUAUUGUUUGAUAGAAAAAUUUUGCACCCGUCCUAUAAUAAAACAAAAUUUCUUUAUGAUAUCGCCGUUUUGCUUCUUGAUAAACCUAUCGAACUUUCACCAAAUAUUCAACCAGCAGCUUUAGCCGCAGUUGGUCUGCGAUUUACUUCUGGUUAUGCCGUUUUUGUCGGUUGGGGUGACAUUGCAAAAAAUAAAAAAACUGCGUAUUUGCACUCGGCAGAAGUACAGUUAGUGAAUCCAGAAAAACGUGGAUGGAUGAAUUCCCCUGGUAUUAAAACAACUGGUCAAGAAAUACUGACAGCAACACCCGGAGUGGCUUUACUGAAUGNAUAA